UCCGGCGGAAAUGGUUUCCUCGGAGCAAGCAGUGGUUGGUUUUAGAGAGCGAAUGAUCCUGCUCUGUGGAGGUGGCUUCUGUGGCAUGGUGCCCAAAGUAGGAUCAACCAUGGCUGGGAUCUACAUGAUCUUAAUGAACAACCUGUACAUGAUCUUUGAGAUUGGUCACCUAAACCGGUCCAUGUCUCUGCUGGAGAGAGUCGAGCCGGAUCCAACGAUUGGCGUCGGAUGGGUUAUCCCAUAUUACUAUUACGCAGCCCUUGCCCUGGCAACGAUCACUUAUCCACUAAGUAUCUACUUCAUCUCUUCUGUCUGCAAGGAAGACACGGUUGGCAUAUUCAUCUACCUCGGUUGGAUCGUCUUCUAUGACAUCUCCAACUGUGUCAUCGUCACCUUGACGAGCCAGGCGGCAAAGACUGCCGGUUUUUCCAUCCAUUUUUUAGAAUGGGUUAGCGUGUUAAUUAAGAUCACACUGGACUGCUUUUGGAUCCCUUUUAUAAUAACGUAUGCUUUCUUGAUUUUGGAAGUCAGACAAACAGAGACCAAUAGAAGGAGAUCAAGAAAGAAUUCAGUACCCCCCAGGUUUAGAUUGCAUGCCCGUGGAAGAAUGGAAUGAGACAGAGGUGCCUUAGUUAUUGCAU